CCAGUCACAGUUGAAUGAUUUUCAUGUAUGUAAUUUAGGCGCCCCUCAGAUAUAACUCGAAGGCUUCUUCCUGCAACAGACACUCACCACGUGAAUAGCUUACGAAUCAACUGCAAUAGAAAGACAGAUUGAACAGCGAUCAAAGAUUGUAAAAAACAAAAAUUGAAAAGUCAAAAUAGGCGAAAUGAAUAAAAAACCGUUAAAAGAUUCCUCUUUGAUUGGCCUGGCAGAGGCUGCAAAUAAAGAUAACACAACGACUAUAAGAGUGCUCUGGGCCGUUCUCACAGUGAUAGCUGUUGCUUUCAUGAUUUUUCACCUAAGCUCUUUGUUUGUGAAAUAUAGAAAGUACUCUAAACAUGCUGACAUCAAUAUUGGAUUCAGUGACCUUGAAUUUCCAGCCGUGACAGUCUGCAACGUGAACAUAAUGAGAAAGUCUAUGGUGAAGCACUCAUCCAAAGAGAUGCAACAGUUUGUCUCUAAGCUAAAUACAAAAGACUGGAUAGCCAAGGCGGCCAGCACAAGCUCAACCACAACUAGAACUACAACUACCACUACAACCACAAAGGCAGCUAAAAAUAUUGUUAAGAGAGAGGCAGAUACGGACAAUACUGACACUGGCAAUGAUGGUACAGACACUGGCAAUGAUGGUACAGACACUGGCAAUGAUGGUACAGACACUGGCAAUGAAGGUACAGACACUGGCGAUGACGGUACAGACACUGGCGAUGAUGGUACAGACACUGGCGAUGAUGGUACAGACACCGGCGAUGAUGGUACAGAUACAACAUAUUACGACACAUAUACUGCGAAUGAUUAUAAUGACGACUACGUCCCAAGCAGUGAUUACGAAGAGAACCCCUACGUUGAUGAUUACGUAGUCAGACAAAAAAUUGUUAAAUCGUUCUUAGACAGUUUCGAUGAUGGCUUCGACUGGCAACAAGAUACAUACGAAGAUCUCUUUUACAAAUCGUACAGUAGCAAAUCCUGGGAAGCGGUUUCCAACAGAUCCACAAUUGCAACAUUAUUGGAGAAUUUUAAAGAUAUUUACAGUAACAUGAAUAUUACCCAGCAAAAAAAUGUCAGCCAUCAGGUUCGAGACAUGUUCAGACAAUGUUCAUUCGCCACGAGAACAUGCCAAAACUCCUAUAAACAAACAACGAAUUCAGAUUUUGGAAAUUGUUACACUAUAGAAGACUCACGGUACAUUUCAAGGCAGAGUGGACCAGCUGGAGGUCUUGAAUUAAUUUUGUAUUUGGAAAAUGACGAGUACCUGCCCUUGGUUACCAGUGGCAAGGGUGCACAUGUUAUAAUCCAUGACCGGAACACUGUUCCACUUCCAGAAGAUGAGGGCAUCGCUAUAUCUGUGGGGCAACAAACUAUGAUUGCCCUUAAAGAGAUUACAAUAAGUCGACUGGGAGGUAAUUAUAUUGAAUGCAAAGACGUGGAUGAAUUUUACAGGAUCUACGGUGUCAGAUACACGAGAAAUCUGUGUCAGAAAAUGUGUCUCCUGAGACAGAUCUACGAGAAGUGCAAGUGUCUUGACACACACUACAACUAUAUCAAUGUCUUGAUGAGAUUCGUUAACAAUAAGACAUGUCUCACAGAAACCCAGGUGCACUGCAUGACUCAAAUAAAAGUUUCUUUCAAAGGAGAUGAUGACAGCUGUGAUUGUCAAAAUCCGUGCAGUGAGAAAGUAUAUGAUGCCUAUGUAUCGUCCAGAUAUUGGCCUAAUGAUGAUAUGACUGACGUUUUGAUCCAAGAUGUCUGUACAAACAAACCACAUAUCUGCAGUACUUUGAAAAACAAAACAAGUGCAGAAAAAAGGAAAGAUUUUCUCAAAUUAAACAUCUACUACAGAGAUCUGAAUUAUGAAGAAAUCAAUGAGGAACCAGACUAUGACACGUAUCAACUGAUGUCUGACUUUGGAGGAACCAUAGGACUCUGGCUUGGCUUCUCCAUUUUGAGUUUGUUUGAAAUAUUUCAAAUCUUUGUACCAUUUUUAUUCAAGUUGCUGGGUAGAAAUUUACCUUAGUGUAUCCAAAGUCUUUGAAAAAAAAAACAUGUCUUUUAAUACAAUUUCGUUUCAUAAAAAAAACUGUACAAUGAUUUUAUAGGACAUUCCGUGGUAGAGACGAAAACACGAAUCUAAAAAAUAAGACUUGUAUUCAUGUCUAAUUAUGAUAACACUGAUAGUAGGCAUUUCUUAGGUAACUCAUUAUCAUCAUCAUCAUCAUCAUCAUCAUCAUCAUCAUCAUCAUCAUCAUCUGUCCCUUGACUAUCGUAGGGGUGCUGUGACAGUUCGCGUCACCAAAUCCAUCCACUUUUCCCGGUCAGCAGAUGUACAAAGCAGGAUAUCAACCUCAUUGUCAUGCUCCCGCUGUAUAGAGCCGUGUAUUACAAUUUCUUGUUAAUGUCUAUGAUUUGUUGCUAAAAUGUAUUUCGGAGUUGGGAGGAAAGCUGAUGGGGCUGCAACCCGGUGGUAAAGAGCUGAGCUUACAAACCAUUGGAACACGUUAAAAUCAGGCCUGUGAAAGUUGGCAUCAUCAAAGUGCGAUCGCGAGUCUAAGUCUUGCAUGUUUUAUCGACAAGUAAAAGCGAUUGUGUGACUCUCGGGCCACAGAAACAUUAAAGCUAGGUAUUGAAUAAGCGGACAUAUUUCAUUUAACUGAAAACACAAGAAUCAAUUUAAAAAAAACAAUUAUUUAUUUAACUAUUGGUAAUUAGUUAUUUUGUUUGGUAUCUCAAACAAGGGAAAGAAAUCGUACUCGACUGAUUCUUGUGAUAUAAGCUGAAUAAAUUCCCUUUAUAUUAGCUUGUCUUCUGAGUGAACACAAAUAUGAAAUCUAAACAAUAGGUCGCCGCUUAAAGGCAAGUUUUCAACAAACAAUGAGUAACCGUUCAAUCCUCUAUAUUUAUAAGCUCUUCUCUAGCUGAGUGGUUAAAGCUUUGGUUUCAGGAAGCUUGAGUUGAAUUCAGGUCGUUCACUUUUAUUUAUAUAAAUGCUUUUAAAACGUGAUUGUGAUAAAAAUUUCACACAGAUAUCCUUUCGUUCUGUUACAAAAUGAAUUUCAUGACUUAUCCAAAUUAAUUGUACAAAAACAUGCUAUAAUAGUACUCUUGUAAGUAUUUUUAAAAAGUUUUUCUUGUUUAGUAUUAGAUUAGAUCAGCGGUUCUCAACCUUUUUAGUGCCGCGACCCAUACGAUUCCCCAUUAGGCAGCGACUCCCAACAGUAUUUUUUUUUUGGAUAAUAGGUAUAUAGGUAAAUGGAAAUUUGCCAAUGUUAUAAAGUUUUUAUUGUAAUGUAUAUAUCUGAUUUAUGUGACAUGCAUUUUCAUUGUUUGAAUUUGAAAAAAGCAAAAGCUUUAUGCAAUUGUAAUUAGUGUAAAAAUAAAUAUGUUUUUUAAUUAAAUUGCUAACAAAAAGUUUA